UCUCACCUCUGCCCUAUGAACCUUUCAAUGCUGUUUAUUGUAUGUUAUUACGUUAUAGCAGGUAUACGUCAACAGGUUGCAUAUAAAACAUGUUUGUAAACUAAUACAAUGACAAUCAGAUGGAGAGAAAGCAUACGGACAUACAAUGGAAAAUGUAGAAAGCGCAGUAACAAUUCUGUUAAUUAUCUGUUCUGUAGUUAAUGGGAGGGAUUUCAAUACAGUUGACUCAUCAUUUGAUGUUAAAAGAAGUGACUCCACAGAGAAUAUUCAAGCAACAUAUAACAUUUUGAUCUAUAAUGAUCAUAUUCCAUCACAAAACUAUAGACCUUUUAGAAGCAGACCUAUGUUCCCAGAGCAAACUCUUGGUUCUGGAGGACCAACAUUUGAUUCAAAUCUAAGACAUUCCAGGAUUGGUCAGUUUGAUGGCCAGUCAGAUUCAAAUCUAAGACAUUCCAGGAUUGGUCAGUUUGAUGGUCAAUCAGAUUCAAAUCCAAGGCAUUCCAUGAUUGGUCAGUUUGAUGGCCAGUCAGAGUCAUACAAAGAAGCACAUGAUAUAGAGAGAAGAAAUCACUAUCCAUCUUUCUCUACAAAUGGAAACAGUGACCACAGAUAUCUUGUUAGGAAACCAGCACAAAUGUUGUUUAACUUGUUGAAGAAUUAUGGUUCUUUUUCUGAAUCAGAUUUCAGUACUGUAUAUAAACAAUGGUUUGGUCUGUGAAGUGUGUUAUUUUUUCAUCAUGUUUUAUUACAUGUCUUUUUGUAAUCUUUUGUAUAUUAAGUGCAAAAUAAUUCGAAUAAUUAAAACUAAAAUGAUUAUGAAAUUCCAGAACAAGGAUAUAUCGAAAGUGAGAAAUCAAAUGAUAGUUCAAACAAUUGAUAUAAAACAGACCAUCAAUCAUCAGUUGUACCCAUGAGGAUCAUUUGAGGGACAAGCCAGUGAAAACAUGUAUAUAAAAUUUGCCUAAAUGAUUUUUUUCAUACAUUCCAUGAUAUUAAAAAAAAAAUCAAUUCUCUAUGCUUUCCUAAUAUUGAUAUUUAUCGUCCUUCCCUGCGCCUAUAUCAUCCUGCUCUAUCCCUCCCUAAUUCUCAUAUCCAAGGCUUCAAAACCAGACCAGGCAUUAUGAGCGACGUCACAAUGUGAGAGUUAUAGAUAAUUGUUUUUUGAUAAUCUCACUUGAGCCGGGACGGCGAAAGGGAGAAAGACAACCAAGUUGAGAUGACCAAUGAUAAUCUGUUUAUUGCUAUUUUACCUAUGAUGACAUUGUCAAUUUCAUCUCAAUUUCUGCAGCAACGCCAAGUGCCUGCUUAGUUUCUAACUUUCUAGCAAUAACUUUCAAUCUCAAGCGAGUAGCAUGAUGUGAAAAAUUAUCACAAAAAUAGAUGAAAGGAAAAAUGCACAAAAUAGCGAUAAAAGAAAUUAUCAGUGACUGUCAAUGAGAGAGAAGAUGAUAUCAAGCAUAAAACUGUCUUAGGAAGAGGGAACAGACCAGUAAUAGAACAAUAAAUAGAUAAUCUGGUUUUCUUCGUAUAGAUCACAGGCACACAUCUCGGAAUAUUUUUUUCCACUAAAGAUUGACAAUGAAAUACUUCUAAUUGAAAAUAUUACAUAUUAUACAAGAUGCAUCCUUACGGCAAAUGUACAUGAGUAGAAGUGUUAUUGACACAGAACAUUAUCUCCAUCAUUAUCACUGAGUGUUAGGACUUUACAAACUUUCCUUCUUUUUUUCCUCUCUUUAUUUUUACCUAUGAUAGCUUGUAUUAUAUUUUAUAAACUGCUUUGUAUGCAUGCUUAUUAUACUAUUAUUGCAUUUAUUUAUAUUGUAUUUAUAUGGAGAAGACUUCAUAAGUAUGAUGUCUAAUCCAUUUUGCUUUCAUUUAGCAAUAAAAUAUGUUUAAACUAAACAAGAAAUAAUUUAGUAUGUUAGAACUGAACUCAAGAUUGAUUUAACUCUUCAUGUUGCUGAACAUUUUGGAUGUUUCUGCUAAACACAAUUAACUUCAAAGCAAUGUGAUUGUAAUGCUGUUAUGUCUUCACAUUUCUUUCACAAGAGAAAGCUUGGUCACAAGAUCUACUAAUAUCACCCUUUGUCCACUGCCGGAGUGUUCAGGGUUUUGAUUCUGUCUGAUUACUAUCAAUAAAGUACAGUCCAAUGUUCAAGGACAGGUUAGCUUUGUUUGAUCAAAUUGAAACAUUCUUUUUAGAACAACUGGCUAUUUUUUUAUUUUGAAAUUUAUAAUAAAAAUGUAUCUUCUAUAUCCAACAGUAUCAACAUAACAGUAUUCUAAGCUACUAUGAUUCUCAGGUAUCAAAGUUAUAACUAAUAAAGGUUUCAGAUCACAUGAUCUUCACCAAAAAAAAUAUUUUCACAAAUCUAUAUUAUCUAAGCACUAUUACUAUCAGUACAUAAAUCCAUCUGAUUUAAACCUAAUCAAUUUCACAAAUUUACAUCCUCUUAAUGUAACACUACCAUUUCAUUCAUCCAUCACAUCUGAAUAAUAUCAAAUCCACAAAUAACUUACACCUUUGUGUGUAGGCAUCACACAUUCAUUUUUUUGUGGCAAAAGGCUAAUCACAUUUUUUGAGAACUUAAGUUAAGUAUCUAAUUCAGAAUUUCUUGAAAAACAAUGA